AUGCCACUAGAUUCUGCUGAGAAACAGCUGCCUUUGGGUGGGACGUCCAGGGCCUCUUUUGACCUUCCUGUUAAUGCAGAAACCGAAAAUGUCAGCGCCGACCGACUGGCGCGCAAGCUAUCCCCUCGCCAGGUCCAGAUGAUUGCAAUCGGUGGCACGAUAGGAACGGGAUUAUAUCUCGGAACCGGUAGGGCAUUAGCCACUGGCGGUCCAGCGUCAAUGCUACUGGCCUAUACAAUCUGUGGUGGGAUUGUCUUUGUCACCAUGUUGAGCCUGGGAGAAAUGGUGGCAUUCGUUCCUGUAACAGGCUCAUUCUGUACAUUUGCGGGACGUUUUGUGGACGAAGCUCUAGGAUUUGCAUUGACAUGGAACUACUGGGCUAAUGAUGCAGUCUCCACUGCUUCAGAUGUUAUAGCACUGCAGAUUUUGCUAGAGUACUGGACCGAGCAUUUCCCCGGCUGGGCUCUCAGUCUUAUCUGCCUCGCGUUUGUUCUUUGCUUGAAUCUCUGCUCUGUGAGAAUCUACGGAGAGACUGAGUACUGGCUGUGUUUGCUCAAGGUUGUGACCAUUAUAGUCUUCAUUAUUGUUGGCAUUGUUGUGAACUGUGGUGCCAAUACCCAACAUACAUAUUUUGGUGACAAAUAUUUCUAUGUGGAUGAUGCACCCUUUGUUGGUGGGAUUGGGGGCUUUGCCUCUGUUUUUGUCACAGCGUCUUUUGCAUACGGCGGAACAGAAAACGUUGCAGUCACUGCCGGCGAGACGAAGAAUCCAGCGCGGACUUAUCCCCGUGUCAUCCGCAACGUCUUCUGGAGGAUUCUCCUUUUCUACGUGGUGUCAAUCAUCAUCAUCGGUCUCGACGUACCAUAUAACCAUUCCAAUCUUUCCAGCGAAAAAUCAUCUACCAGCCCCUUUACGAUUGUCUUUUCCGAAGCCGGUAGCGCCGUGGCAGGGAGUUUUAUCAACGCCGUGAUCAUGACAAGCGCAAUCUCGGCAGCCAAUCACGCCCUCUUCGGGGGAUCAAGGCUUCUCUACACUUUAGCUAUAGAAGGAUAUGCCCCACGUCAACUUGGACUCAUCAACCGCUUCCAAAUUCCGUGGGUAGCGGUUCUUGCCACGGCGACUAUCAGCGCACUCUGCUUCGGGGCUAGCAAAAUCGGUACCGGUCAGCUCUGGUCCUGGUUGCAGAACCUAGUCGGAGUCUCCAACCAGCUCUCUUGGAUGUGUAUCUGUAUUGCCUCACUCCGAUUUCGUGCCGCCAUUCGUCGUCAAAACCUGGAGCAUCUGCUCCCUUUCAAAAACUUUACAUACCCGGUAGGCCCGGCACUAGCAGUCGGGUUGAAUAUUUUCCUUGUUCUCAUUCAGGGCUGGUCCUGCUUUAGCCCGAAGUUUGAUGUGGUCAGUUUCGUGUCAUACUAUAUCGAGAUUCCGAUUAUGCUAGCCAUGUUCUUGGGCUGGAAACUCUACAAAAAUACUAAAAUCGUUCCCCUCGAUGAGAUGGAUCUGAUCACGGACAGAUAUCAGCUUGAGACUCAAGGAGAGAUUCUUCCGGACUUGCAUGGUCUCGACACCACUCGGACGAGUAGCUGGUUUGAUAAUAUACCAGGAAUGAGAAUGUUAAAAAGCAUCGAAAAUUGGAUAAUUUGA